AUGCUUCUUGAGCUCGAAGAAGACAAAAUUACAGCCCCGACCUAUUAUUAUAGGCACACCAGUGAGCUCAUUUACGGACCUUCAGAACCCAGCUACAAUGAUCCCGAGCACUUGGCGGAGCGAGAGAACUUCCCGUAUGUGGGACCUGCACAGAUCCGAAAGAAGUUCUACAGAAUGCUGUUGCGUCAGGUGGCUAAAAUAGGCAUCAAAGUUGACUACGGGCAACGUGUUGAUCAAUACUUCGAUGAUGAAAAGGCUGGGGUGGGCGGAGUUGUGAUAGAAGAUGGCUCAGUUCGAGUAGCCGAUAUAGCUGUUGCAGCUGAUGCCUUCAAGUCUCGAUCCGAACUUCUAAUCGCUGGAACACAUGCCCACCCGGUCAAGCGGUAUGUCCGUCUACCUUUCCGGAAGCGGUGGGAAGGCGUCACGGCAAACGAGUUCUGGCUGGGAGCUGGCAUGCACAUCGGACUGUACGUAUCACCAGAUCUAGUGGCCUUCGGGAUCACUCCACGAGACGAGUUCUUGGUGGAUGGGAGUGCCAAGGCCAAGGAGUCGUGGGAUCCGGACGUCGACCCUGAAGAGGUUGAGACACUGAUACGUGCUACCCCUAGGGGAAGCUUGGUCCACUGGCCACUGCUAUGGCGCAAUCUGCGUCCGAAGUGGACGUCUAGAGGGGGGAGAGUCGUGCAGGUGAGAGACUGCGCACAUUCCACAAUUCCAGCAUCAGUCCGCGGUGGGACUCUAGCUCUCGAGGACGCAAUAACUCUGGCAUCAAGCUUGCAGUUAGCAUCUCAUGGAGGGUCCAGUGGUGCACCUCUUGGAGCGAAAGUUUACCAUCUUUUAUGA